UCCAACUGAUUCAGACUUGGGAAUAGAAGGCAGGGUUAUGCACUGCGUCGUAGGAGGGGCACACGCUUUUAUAUUAAGAAUAUCAAGUUUCUUCGGUCUCGCACCGCUACGGUUCGAGUCAAGAAGUAAUGGAUUUUCUGUUGGAUUAUCGAACGCUAUGUGCAUUUACAGUUAUAUCUUAGUUACAAUUCUGGUGAUAUGUACAGUAUUUGGACUGGUUGCCGAGAUAAAUGUAGGCGUGGAGCUGUCUGUUCGGAUGUCAUCAAGAAUGUCACAAUUCGUCUCCACUUGUGACGUGCUCGUCGUGGUCAUAACAGCCGGCGCAGGAGUGUACGGAGCGCCGAAGAGAAUGAGAAAUAUGCUCAAAUUUAUGGAGAGCGUCGCUUCUGUAGACAACAGUAUCGGUGCCCACUACUCGCUCGUAACGGAACGCAAACUAUGCGCCAUUCUACUGGCCAUCCUCAUAUUCUUCUCUGUGUUGAUUGCGGAUGACUUCUGCUUUUACGCAUUGCAAGCAAAGAAAGUGGAUAGACAGUGGGACGUUGUCACAAACUACAUUGGUUUUUAUCUCCUGUGGUACGUCGUGAUGAUACUGGAAUUGCAGUUCGCUUUCACCGCUCUGUCCGUGCGUGCGCGUUUUCAAGCCGUUAACGAUGCGCUGUCAUUAACUGCAAGACAUAUAUCAGUACCGGUUGAAAAGAUUAAAGAUCCAACGCCGCUGAACAUCUUCGCUAUACGAGUAGCCGCGGAGUCGCGUCGCUGCGCCAACAAUGUCAGUUUGCUAGUGGACACGAUGCCUGGGAAGGAACAUGCUGUUAUAAUACGAAAUACUGUAAGCAAAGAGCCAAAGCUGGUGGUACCACCUUGUGAAGCGAUCAGACGUCUAGCCUGCCUCCACGGGGCACUUUGCAACGUCGUGCACCGCAUCGACAACAGCUACGGCCUACCGCUCAUAGUGAUCCUCAUAUCUACACUUUUGCACUUAAUCGUGACACCGUACUUCCUUAUUAUGGAAAUUAUUGUCUCGACACAUCGGAUACAUUUCUUGGUGCUGCAGUUCUUGUGGUGUGCCACGCAUAUAAUCCGGAUGUUCGUUGUUGUGGAGCCUUGUCAUUAUACUAUCACUGAGGGUAAGAGGACUGAGGAGCUGGUUUGCCGCCUCAUGACAUCAACGCCGUCUACCGGCAUGCUGCCGUCACGGCUGGAGCUCUUCUCGCGUCAACUGAUGCUGCAAUCAGUCAGCUACAGUCCUAUGGGAAUGUGCACACUUGAUAGACCCCUUGUGGCAUCUGUACUUGGAGCAGUGACGACAUAUCUAGUAAUAUUAAUACAAUUCCAAAGAUACGAUGCCUGAUUUGUAAUAACAGUCACGACUGUAAAUAUUAUUUUUGUAAAUUUUAAUAACACCGGACUUACGUACGAACCGUGCGUUAGAAGUCAGUUCCUUUAAAUACAAACACUACUUUUUUUAAUUAUUUUUAUUAUUUUUUGUAUAAAGU